AUGGUCUUCGUGAGCAUGGUGGUUGUUUGGAGCAUCGACGGCUGUACUAUUAGGAGCUUCGUCGAAUCUUUGAGAUCCACCAAGCCACAGCUCAUCACAGCCGCAAAGUUUCGUCCCCAACCCACCGCGAAUCUAGCUCAAGAAAAUCCCCACCGGGAAAAUUUCACCACCGCCGACGCCGAUUUCACGCUCCGCAACGAGACCGCCAUUUUCACCUCCUCCUCAGCCGCAGCUGAUGCUCCUGCGAGUCCGAUUCUUCCUCUGGGCCGCGACGUGCUCAACGGCAGCAGCAAUGCCUCCGCCAAGAGCUCGCAGGAAGAUGGGUUGUUAGUACAGAUGCCGGGGAAAACACUUUACAAAUACACGCAAAACUUUGCUUUUUAUGAUAAAACGACGGGGAAAACACUUUACAAAUAA